AUGUCUUUAAACGUUGCUCGGUUCAACAAGGAUAAUUUACUGGACGAUGCAGAUGAUGAGUUUGGAGAGAUUUUGCUAUAUUUUGCUUACGAGGAAUAUAAUCAGUUAUAUCUAAGCAACCUUGUAGAAAUUCAGCUCUUUCAGGAUAUGAAUAUGUUAUGGAAGUGUUGCACGGGCAUUGGAAACUCACGAUAUUUGUCUGUUGAAGAACAAGUGGCUAUGUUCUUAUUUGUGAUUGGCCAUAAUGAACGACAUCGUGUGGUUGCUGAACGAUUUCAGCACUCCAUCUCAACCACGUCUCAUUAUUUUAGGAAGGUUUUGAAGGCAAUAUGUCGUCUAUCCAAAGAACUAAUUACUCCACCUUCAUUUGAUGUAACUCCUCCACAAAUUCGAUUCGAUCCAAGAUACUAUCCAUUUUUUAAGAAUUGUGUUGGAGCUAUAGAUGGGACUCAUAUUUUUGCGCAUGUUCCAAUUGAUGAACAAAUACCAUAUCGAGAUCGAAAAGUGGAUACAACUCAGAACGUUAUGUGUGUAUGUUCAUUUGACAUGAAGUUCACAUACGUUGUCCCUGGAUGGGAAGGAUCAGCUAAUGAUGCACAGAUUCUUCUAGAAUGUGCCACAAACCCAGAUUAUGGAUUUCCAAUGCCGCCCCAAGGAAAAUAUUAUCUUGUUGAUUCUGGCUAUACAAACAUGCCUGGUUUUCUUUCGCCAUACCAAGGGGAAAGGUAUCAUUUGGGCCAGUACACAGAUCUUAAUCCCACAGGAAAAAAAGAGCUUUUCAAUUAUUGA